UGUCAACGUGCUGUUGCUUUAUCAUUUGCUUUCAUCCCAUUAACAAGCACUACAAAAAAACCAUCGAUAAACUUCCAAUUACAACUAUAUUGCCACAUCAGAUCCACCGCCGGAAACCGCCUAAUUUGCCGACCACCGAAUUUCUUCCGAUCAGAUCAGUUUUAUUUGAGGGGUUGUUUCCGGAGAGAUGAGUGAAACAUUUGAAGGUUGCGAACGCCAAUACUGCGAGCUUUCGGCGAGUUUGUCGAAGAAGUGUACAUCAGCUACUUUACUCGAUGGAGAGCAAAAGAAGCAGAAAAUUUCUGAAAUAAAAGCCGGAAUCGAUGAAGCCGAGUCUCUGAUACGAAAAAUGGACACAGAGGCAAGAAGCCUACCACCAAAUGUAAAAGCUGUUCUUUUGGCGAAAUUAAGAGAAUACAAAUCGGAUUUGAAUAAUUUGAAAAGUGAAAUUAAACGAAUUGCAUCAUCCAAUUUAAAUCAAGCUGCCCGAGAUGAAUUAUUGGAAUCAGGAAUGGCAGAUGCAACUGCGGUGUCAGCAGACCAAAGAGGAAGGUUAUUAACGUCAACAGAAAGAUUGAAUAAGUCAAGUGACAGAGUUAGGGACAGUAGAAGGACUAUGCUUGAAACUGAAGAACUCGGUGUUUCACUUCUACAAGAUCUUCAUCAACAGCGAGAGUCUCUUUUACGUGCCCAUGGAACCCUUCAUGGAGUUGAUGAGAACAUAAGCAAGAGUAAAAAAAUAAUGACAAAUAUUUCAAGAAGAAUGGGGAAAAACAAGUGGAUAAUUGGCUCUGUGGUUGCUAUUCUUAUCAUUGCCAUCAUCUUGAUUUUGUACUUCAAGUUGAAGAAGUAGAAUCCCAAAAUUCAAGCCUUUUGUGUUUUGUUGGUUUUGCAAGUGUGUCAUUUAUUGUGGGCUUCUUCUUCUUCUUUUUUUUUUUUUUUUGAAAAAAUGUUUGAUUUAUUUUGAGCAAAAACACAUAUUUCCAAGUGUUGAUCUUUGUUGUGGUUUUUGGGAUCUUACAUAUGCAUGAAAAUAAACUUUUUGUGGCUUGUUUAUGAUGCA